CCGACUCUAUGCGGCUUCUCCUGGACAGAUGAACUCUAUUCCGGCUUCUGAUAGCCCGUCUGGUUCCAUCUUUUAAUGCUUACGUAACAAGUUUAGAUCCACGGCGAGAACUGGGUUACGAUUCGUAGAAUAUCUCUCCUAUAAAGUGUACCAGCAAUACCAAGCAGAAUGACCUCUUCAGAGCCACCACCAGAUAUUGAAUCGGGCGCUCCACCACGACGACAUUUUCCUUUUUUGCAUAAUAAGAAUCAACAGCAAAAGUCUAAUCAGAUCACACCUGAACCUGCGCAUGCCACUAGUGGUGACCAAUCUAUCCUAAAAGAUCUCGCUCAAGAGCUCAAAAAUGAAACAAACAAGGGUACAAAGGCGGCCAAAGGGGUGUGGACGAACUUUAAAAAGUUUCUGAAUCGAGGAAAUGUCGUUGACAUGGCGGUGGGCAUAGUUAUGGGAACUGCAUUUACUUCCGUCGUCAACUCCCUCGUAAACGACAUAUUCCUCCCGUUCAUCAGCCUGGGUACACCCACUCAACUCUCAAAUCAGUUUGUACUUUUAAGAUGCCCCCGGCAUAAUGGCGUGACCCUACCAUGUAAUAAGACAAUGUACAUUACACCAACAGACGCCAAAAACGCGGGAGCUGUAACAUGGAACUGGGGGAACUUCAUCCAAGUGAUUAUCAACUUUUUGAUCAUUGCAGUAGCAGUUUUUUUCAUCGUGAAGACGUAUGCGAGAGCGUUUCGCCGCGCUGACCCACCAAAGCCUCCUUCAACGAAGCCUUGUCCCCUGUGUACCAAAGACAUCCCACUCAAAGCGAAGCGGUGCCCAGAAUGCUGUGGAGACAUCCCGGAGCCCCCAAAGGAAGAGGAAACUCAAGACGAAAACUUACCGACGAUCCAAAUGGAAGAAAAGGGUAAAUGAACAACACGUUAGGCAACCAAUGCGCACUACAGCGUGUAUUGUACCAUAUAAGGAUGAGACAACCUUACAAGAUACAUUUCUGUAUUCCUGUGUUCACAUGAUGGUAACAGCAAAC